UACCUAUGUAUAUUUCAUUAGAGUUGAAUUUGCACUGAAUAUCGUCAUCGUCUCAAUCUCUCUAUUAUUUAAUCUCUUUCAUGAUUAUUGCUCAUAACCUUCCGUUUCCUAGUUUACAUCAAAAGAUUUUGUUGAAUUGGCUGUUCUUUUGAAUCUGAUAAAUAUAUAAAACGCAAUCACAUUGGCGCUUGAUUUUAUUAGGUAAAAAUGAAGACGUUAGUAUAUUUGAAAUUUUUUUCUUUAAUUUCUUCGAUACUGGCAGGAACUUGUAUUCGCAAGUAUCAUUUUUGGCGUCCAUUUGUUGGUGAACAUGGUCCACAUGAUUAUCUCGUGGGAAGAGAUUUAUCAGGUAAACAAAAUUAUGUAGGAAAAAUGAUUCCAGCUUAUGAUACCAGAUCAUGGACCAUCUCUACUCAAAUCAUUCAUGAUUAUGCAGAAAUUGCAUUUGAAGAUAAGAGAGUGCGAAGGAUAGAUCGUUUCCUAGAGAUUUUGUCCGUAGAACCUCAGUAUCAAGAAAAAUUUUUUUGGGUCUUUGUAGACUCUGAAAGAGAUUUGAGAAAUCUCCCACAUCGUCUAGGUAGCUGUUUGGUUGAAGGAGGAAUCUUCAAGUACCAGGACAGAACAAUAUACUCCUACAUUGGUAGUGUGUCAAUCAAUGGCAGCAUACACAUUGGACCUGUAUUCGUUGACAAUUGGGCGUUGAGAUCAGGACUUCAUUUUUUGAAUGGUUGGGAAACCAGAUAUCGUCAAAGAGCAUUUACUGUGUUGGCUCAAUACUAUUGAGAAUUUUGCGUUUUAAUGGAAAAACUGAUAAUAAAUUUUGUUGUUGAAUUUA